UGUUUUCUAACAGACAGUGGGUACCAUCGAGCGAGUGAGUGUCAGAACAGAAAGCUAAGGCAGAAGCAGAGAGGAUGCAGUGAUUGCCCUGCCUUCUCUUUUCAUUUUUCGUAAGGAUAUCGCACUUGUGAGGUUUUACUUUGUGCUGUAGGCUGAAUUCUAGAGCCCUGCCUUGGAGACUGUUAUAUGCAACACGCACAUGGAUUCUGUGCUAUGAUUACCGUUCCCUUUAUUUCAGCACUUUCUUAUGCGAGGAGCUAAACAGUGAUUAAAAGAAGCAGGAUGAAAAGAUGGCACAAUCAGUGCUGGUACCGCCAGGACCUGACAGCUUCCGCUUCUUUACCAGGGAAUCCCUUGCUGCUAUUGAACAACGCAUUGCAGAAGAGAAAGCUAAGAGACCCAAACAGGAACGCAAGGAUGAAGAUGAUGAAAAUGGCCCAAAGCCAAAUAGUGACUUGGAAGCAGGAAAAUCCCUUCCUUUUAUCUAUGGAGACAUUCCUCCAGAGAUGGUGUCAGAGCCUCUGGAGGAUCUGGACCCCUACUAUAUCAAUAAGAAAACUUUUAUAGUACUGAAUAAAGGGAAAGCAAUCUCUCGGUUCAGUGCCACCUCCGCCCUGUACAUUUUAACUCCCUUCAACCCCAUUAGAAAAUUAGCUAUUAAGAUUUUGGUACAUUCAUAUCCUUUUAGUAAUGGUCAUUUAAAAUGGUAACUUCUUCUUUGACUA